CUAAAAAAACACACCAAAAGAUUUUCUCUCUCUUCUUUCUUCUUUCCUUUCUUUCUUCCUUUGUUCCUUUCUCUCUCCUUCUUUGAUCCAUGAGAGAACUACAUUGAACUUCUUCAAAAAAAACAAAAAACAAAUCCAACCCAGAAGAAAAAAAACAUUAAUUUCUCCAAAUAAUCCCAGGAUUCAUCAAAAUCCAAACAAAAAAACCCUUGAAAUGUGGUGGUCUUGUUACAAGACCAAGAUUAAAAAAAAUGAAAUUUUGAUCAAUCUGAGACCGACCCAGAUUGAGAUUUGAUCUUAAAAUUGGAUCUGAAUCUGAAUAUGUGCGUUUGGAAGAAAUGGGUUAUCUUGAUUUUGUUGUUGAAUUGGGUUGGUAGGGUUAUAGUGGUGGAUGUGAAGCUGCAUAUGCAUCAAAGAAGAAGAUGCAGCUUCACUUCUCGCCUAGUAUGAGAAGUAUCACAAUUUCUUCAAGCACAAACAAUCAUCAAAAUGGGUUUAUUGACUUGAUGAAGAUCAAGGUCGCAGCUCGUCACAUUUCCUAUCGAACCCUUUUUCAUACCAUUCUUAUCUUAGCUUUUUUGUUACCUUUUGUUUUCAUUCUCACUGCUCUUGUUACCCUUGAAGGUGUCAACAAGUGCUCCUCCUUUGAUUGUUUAGGCAGGCGGUUAGGCCCGAGGCUUCUUGGCAGGGUUGACGAUUCAGGGAGACUGGUUAGAGAUUUUUAUAAGAUUCUUCACGAAGUGAAGACAGGGGAAAUUCCAGCUGAUCUAAAGCUUCCAGAUUCCUUUGACAAACUUGUUUCUGAUAUGAAGAACAAUCAAUAUGAUGCGAAAACUUUUGCAUUCAUGUUAAGGGGAAUGAUGGAGAAAUUUGAGAGAGAAAUCAGGGAGUCUAAAUUUGCAGAGCUGAUGAAUAAACACUUUGCGGCAAGUUCUAUUCCAAAAGGGAUUCAUUGUCUGUCUUUGCGUUUGACUGAUGAAUAUUCAUCAAAUGCUCAUGCACGCAAACAAUUGCCGCCUCCAGAAUUACUUCCCUUACUCUCCGAAAACUCUUACCACCAUUUUAUACUAUCAACCGACAACAUAUUAGCCGCUUCAGUAGUUGUUAAUUCUGCCGUCCAGUCAGCUCUGAAACCUGAAAAGAUAGUCUUCCAUGUAAUCACCGACAAAAAAACUUAUGCGGGUAUGCACUCGUGGUUUGCACUAAAUUCAGCCUCCCCUGCUGUAGUUGAAAUCAAAGGCAUUCACCAGUUUGACUGGUUGACUAGAGAAAAUGUUCCUGUACUUGAAGCUGUAGAAAAUCAAAAUGGGAUCAGGGAUUACUACCAUGGAAAUCAUUUAGCCGGAACCAAUCUUAGUGACACGAGUCCACGUAAAUUUGCAUCUAAAUUGCAAGCCAGAAGCCCAAAGUACAUAUCUUUACUCAAUCAUCUGCGCAUAUACCUACCAGAGCUUUUCCCAAACCUUGACAAGGUAGUCUUUUUGGACGAUGAUGUGGUGAUUCAGCGCGACUUGUCUGCACUUUGGGAAAUUGACCUUGAAGGAAAGGUAAAUGGCGCCGUGGAAACUUGCAGAGGGGAAGAUGAUUGGGUAAUGUCUAAACAUUUUAGGAACUACUUCAAUUUUUCUCAUCCCCUCAUAUCAAAUCAUUUGGACCCUGAUGAGUGUGCAUGGGCGUAUGGAAUGAAUAUAUUCGAUCUUGGUGCAUGGAGAAGAACUAAUAUAAGAGAAACUUAUCAUUCCUGGCUGAAAGAGAAUUUGAGGUCAAACCUAACAAUGUGGAAGUUAGGAACCCUACCUCCUGCGUUGAUUGCAUUUAAAGGUCACGUUCAUCCAAUCGAUCCCUCUUGGCACAUGCUAGGCUUAGGCUAUCAGAGCAAUACGAAUAUUGAGAACGUGAAAAAGGCUGCUGUUAUUCACUACAACGGCCAGUCAAAACCCUGGUUACCAAUUGGCUUUGAACAUCUUCGGCCAUUUUGGACCAAGUAUGUCAAUUAUUCAAAUGAUUUUGUGAAGAACUGUCAUAUCCAAGAAUCAUAGUCUGCUGCCGACUAGCUCUAUGGUUUGAUGUGUACAACAGUGAAUAUGAAAGGGAGCGGAUUUCAUCUAAAUUUUUUGCGUCUUGAUAUUUUCUUCAGGACGAUAGAAAAAAUGGCUGAGAGGGCAAAGCGAUUAAAAAACUUUGUUGGUGGAUUUGCUACCAUUCCCUACAUUUUUGCAGAAAGAGUUAUUACAGUCUCUAAAUGGCAUUGAGAAUCAUUUGAGUCCUUGAGUUGUGACAUGAAAAACACAUCCUCUAUUUUUGGUUGGUGAAAGGAUAUACUAUUAUUGAUCUUCUAUGGAACAAUAUAACAACGAUUCCAUAGUUGAAUAUUGGAGAAUAAACUGAAUGGUAAAAAAAGUCACCAGGACCUGUUUCAUCAAUCUUGUUGGUGUUGAGAACAUUACUACUAGGACAGUUAAUUUGUGAGGUUCCCCCCUUCUAGAGAAUCAUUUUUUAGUUUCUUUAAAUUUUGUUAUUACCAAUUUUUACCUUCACCAACUUUGAGUUGUUAUUAUCAUAUGAUGAUGGUGAAUUCUAGGAGUAGUUCAUGAGAUUGCUUUGUUACAGGUCCAUUCAAUUGGGGAACUGUUUGUAGGAUAAAUAUAUAUAUUGUUAUUCAUUAUGUAAGACUACCAGACAUUGGAAAUGUGCAGAAAAUUCUUUUUUCCUA